AUGUUUAUAGCGAAAUACUUUGAAAAGGCCAAACCAGGCGCUGCUCUGUUAACAUCUCGAGACUCCUAUGAAUUGGCGAUCUUCAGCAUGACACUGCUGGGCUGGCAUAGUCCGGCGGGCAGCGGAUAUGCUACACGGGCAUUUGCCUUUAUACGAAUUUCAUUGAACAUAAUGUUCUCUGUUAUUUAUCUGCCCAUAGGUUUUCUGCUGACCUAUGUGCGCAGCAUUAGCAACAUGGGCGCUGAAGAGUUGUUUACUUCAAUGGAAUUGUUUUUGAACAUACCGCCCUGUUCGCUGAAGAUUCUCACAAUGAUUUGGAAUCGCUGGCGUGUGUAUAAAGCUCAGGAGCUACUGGAUGUCCUGGAUGAGCGUUGCGUGCGCAGUUCGGAGCGCCAGUUAGUGCAUCGACUGGUUAAUCGCAGCAGCAAAAUAUUCAAUGCCUAUCAUACGCUCUAUGUGCUGGUGCCUGUUGUUAUGAUCGUCGCUGGCAUUUCCAGCAAUCGCUUGCCCUGGAUGAUCUAUAAUCCGUUUAUUGAUUACCAGUCGAGCACUGAGAAGUUUCUGAUUUGUUGUGUCAUUGAAUUUCUUAUAGCGGGCACGGCUAUUUAUGGAAAUCUAAUACCGGAUAUAAUUCCAGUGCUGUUUGGAUUCACAGUGCGUGAGCAUUUGCAGUUGCUCAAGGGGCGCGUUUCAAGAUUAUGCACUGAUGAGGAAAUGACUGAGCAGCAGAACUAUGAGGAGCUGGUGCUGUGCAUUAAGGAUCAUAAAAUGAUAUUGGCCUACUGCGAUCACAUGCGUCCCUUGAUUUCCCUCACCAUGUUUAUACAGUUUUGUGCCAUAGCCGCUGCCUUAUCGGUUACCAUGAUGCAUUUGGUUUUCUUUGCACAUUUUUGGAGUGGUUUGGGCUCAGCUUUGUAUAUGACAGGCAUAAGUGGGUUGCAUGAUGGAUAA